GAUUGCCGUUAUGGGUCCGGAGCCCCUAUCGUCGCGCGGGCCCUUCUUCGAGGUGAUCCAGGUCGCGCCCGACACGAACGUAGAGUGUGUGGAACAUCUACUUCCCCGCUUGUUCUGACUGACCAGACAACAACCAGUAUCGUGGCCGUGCCCGCCAUCGGAGCCGACCAUCGAAAAGCAUGGACACCGCACCACUCGCGCUGCUGGCUGGAGACCGCCUUGUUCCAGCACAUGCCCCGAGCGCGCGUGCUGCUGUACGACCACGGCGAGCUGCACGAGAGCGACAAGCUGGACGUGCUCGGGCGCCGGUUUCUGCACCAGUUGCUUCACGAGCGGAAACACAGCAACCCGCGCAGACCCAUCUUCUUCAUCUGCCACAGCACCGGCGGCCUGGUGGUAAAACAAGCGCUGGCACAGGCGGCCCGGCCCGAGUCGCACCCAGCCGUUCUGACUAGCUGCCAUGGUAUUGCCUUUCUGGCCACUCCUCAUCAGGGAUCGACCUAUCUCUCUGCGGAUGAGUAUGAGGCUAGCAUUGGCCGUCUGUUACAUCUCAGACAGGCCAUUCCGCAUUCUGUCAGAGAUCAGCUUCGGCCCCGACAGCAGGGGCUAUGGCACCUCUCCAACCAGUUCAAGGCCCUGUCGGCGGAUAUGAAAGUUUGGACUUUCCUGGAGACUAUCGACUCGACUCUGCAUGUCGUUGACACCGAAACAGCAAAUUCUACAGACUUCCAUGCUCCGAUCACCUCGAUUCGAUCCGGUUUGCUGGAUAUCGAGCAUGAGAAGGAAGUGCCCAUGGCCACUGACCAUGCCGGAACGGCUAGUUUCCAGGGACAGGAGUCUGCUUUGGAAAACUUUCUGACUAAGCUUGGGUUGGCCGUGACUACUGCGGUUAUGCUGUCGAGGGAGAAAGACACACCGCUGGAGGUUGAGAAAGAGGUCAUGGUGCAGGUAAAUGGUUUCUUCGAGGAUCCCUCUUUGGGCGUCAGUGAUGAAACACCUUUGAAAUUGUGGUCUACGACCGUCUCCCUGGAGGAGUACCUGACCGAUGGUCCGUCGGCGUGUUUGCGGACUAGACUGAAACGUGCGAGCAAGCGCCAGUCUGGUGGCUACGAUGAUUCGUCGCUGAGCAGUUUUGGUAGCCGACACUCGGUGUCGCAUGUUCCUGUUCCUGCUCCAGAAAUAAAGCAUAUAAAUGAGCCUCACCAUGAGGAGAGGACAUCACGACCAUCUCUCAUACGACAAAGCCGCAGUUUCGCUGGAUCGGGCCCGCAGUCUCCUGAAAUCCACAUAACCGGACCUUUCGAGAGGGAGACGAGUGAAAGUCCUCCACCACCGGCGACUCGAAAGCGACGGAAUUCUAUUACCAGAGCUUUAAACCCACUUCUGUUCAAGUCUCACAAUCGGACAACAUCAGACAGUAGCUCCCAGACUGGAGAGUCGAGUUCACGCCCUCCGUCAAGUUCUGCCUCUCCAUCGAGACAGUCCGAACUUUUGUCCCCCCCGAUAUCCACCCGAGAUCGCAUGAACCAAGAUGUCGAAUCGUCAGAUAUCCCUAGAUCAGUGCCACGAUUUGAUCGGCCGGAGCCAGAUACCGAAAAGCUACUUUGGAUCCACGUUCCCUACACACAUACCGGUUGGGUAUCACAGGUGAUUCGACGAGCCUGCCAUGAUCGCCAUGAGCCCAAUUUUCUCCGGAAAUUUGUCAAUGAGGAAAACUGGUACUCGAAUCUUAACAGAGCUCGCCAUUCAGAACCUCACGCCCGCUUUGUCCGGCCGAAAUGUAUUCAUUCGCGACACAUGGACGGUCCAAAAGGUCCCUUACGUGAGUCCAAGCUACGUCAAUUUGUAAUCUCACUAACGAGAAGAAAGCUCCAUUGGGAUACAUAUCGAAAUCUGAUCCAACGCCGCAAAGUCGUCGAGCAAAGAAUAGCCCAGGGACGAACAAUCCCCGUGCCAAGCAGGAUCUCACAAUCUAGUCAGGAGGCGCAACUGAUCUGGAAAUAUCUCGGCUGCGAACCCCCCGUCCAUUUCCGGCGUACGCUCGAUCAAUUCGGGUAUCCGAACCUACGGUCUACCGUCGCCCGCGAUGAUGACCAGAUGCUCUGGAAACGCACCAGAAAACCUGUACGUGUGGAUGACCAGCUGCGCGAGUACCUAGAACCACAACAGGGCGAACUCGAUGAUUCGGAUGCGGAUGAGUUCAUGGAUGGCAAGGUGCUGAUGGUGGAUCAGCUCUGGCUCUGGAUCGUCGACGAGAAGACUAUUGUGACUUUUUUUCCAAACCAGGAAGCUACCACCUCCGAGGGCAAACUAUACGAACAGUCUAAUCUGCACAGUAGUAUCUACAAUGAGCUAAACGGGGACUUGGCCCGCCGGUUCGAUACGGCCGGGGAUCUCGCUGCGUUGAUUGUGUUGCAUGCCGUCACCGUUUUGUUAGAUAAGACGUUGCACCAUGACCUGCAGGUCCUUCGUAUCUUCGAAGAGUCGAUCAGCAUCCUAACGGAAUCUGUCACGAAAUCCUUUAAACGCUUCCGCAAUCGCGGCUUCACCAAUCGUCCAGCAGACCACAACCGCCUCCCCAGUGGUAAGAUGAUGAGCGCCACGCAGCGGGAUCAGCGCGAUCGUAAAGUUGCACAGCGGAACCGCGAGGACCUAUCUGUUCUCUUAGAGCUGCGCGAUAUCGAGGAUGAGCUGUCUACGCUGUUGAGACUACUUGACCAACAAGAGACCGUGAUCAAGAGGAUGGUUGAGUACUUCGAGGCCAAGGGGUACGGGAAGAUGUUCCUCGAUACGGCAAUGUCAAGGCUCGGGGAGUAUCGAUCGCAGAUCGGGGAGAUGAAGGAAAACUCACAUGAAGCGCAGAAAGCGGUGGAAACACUCCUCGAUCUCAAGCAGAAACAAGCCAAUGUUGACGAAUCCAAAAUGACUCGAUGGCAGGCAGAGGUUACGCAGAAUCAGUCGCGGGCUGUGAUGGUUUUCACCAUCUUUACGGUCAUCUUCCUCCCGCUGUCCUUCUUCACUUCGCUGUUUGGGAUCAAUGCACGCGAAUGGAGCGGGAUAAAAGAGAACCUGUCUCUGAACUUGAUGUUCGAAAUAGCCGCACCCGCCUCGGUAGCGCUCAUCGCAUUCACCCUCUUGAUGGCCUUCAGCGAGAACCUGCGCGAGGCCGUCUCAAAAUCCCAUAAGAUAGGCACCGGGUUCCUGAGAGAGUUUCUUUUCCAUCCCAUCCGCAUAUUUCUUCGCUGGGACCAGCUGAAGAAUCGUGCGCCCUCAGUCGUGGUACCCGAGGACUCGGCCAUGCGCAGGCGCCUUGAUCAAUAUCUCGGCUACGAGAAUCAUAAUACGAAGUUUGAUGAGGAUAUUUGGGAAAAUUGGCACGCGGACAAGGAUGUCCUUUCGGCGUUGUAUAGCCAGAAGGCGAAACUGAAGCCGAUUGGGGAACGGGUGGGCGAGCGGAUGGAAUCUUUGUCGGAGAAGGUGAGGCGGAGGAGCGAGUCGAGGGUGUAA